AUGCCGAGCUUCUGCCCCAGAUGUGGGGACUUUUUGGAGGUGAAUGCAUGUGGAAAGUGCGGCGAGAAGGCAGUUACGGCUAAAGAGAACCCUUGGAAAGCGGUCGGAGGUGAUCCAAUGUGCGUUCCCGCCUUGCCGACGGCCUUUACAGCGGCUGCACGUAUCAACGUGAUGGGAGUGCAGCCAUUGGCGGCGGAACCAACUCGCAAAGAACAGGCAGUGGCGCGCUUUAACUUUGUGCCGCAAGACUCAAGUACUCAGCUCAAGCUGGCUAAGGGUGAUGAGGUUGAUGUUGUCCGCAAGGACAACGAUGGGUGGUGGUUUGUUAUCAAGGAUGGCGAGAAAGGCCUCGUGCCCGGCUCAUAUCUACACAUAGAAAACCCUAUAAUUCCUAUCACAGAUGCUGCGAUUUUGGCUGCGCGCGAGGCUUCCAACCAGCGAUUCAUGAAAUUGCAGCAAAGUUCGAGAAGCAGCGAGCAGGGAGCAAAUGCUGAUGUAGAAUACCAUUCACCACUUGGACUAUCAGCGCUUACCAUUGCAGGCUCGUGUGCACCAGAUGGAGCCGAUAGAUCAGCACGUGGUGCAGAUGCCAAGUCCGGUGGCACUGAAUUUAAGCCCGGUGAAGUUCGAAAGCUUAAAAAGUGCUAUGCUUGCAAAGAGACUAUAUUGGGUCGCACUAAAGUAUGCAGAGACCAAAUUUUUCACGAAAUAUGCUUAUUGUGUAAAGGAUGCCGUGAGUCAAUUGAGGAAGCUGAGGAUUUUACACUUAUCAAGACAAAGGCAUACCAUGCUGAUUGUGCUAAGGAGGUCAAUUAUUGCAUCGUGUGUGACAAGGACAUUCUGGGUAGAGUGUACCGUGCAGGAGAAGGCACUUUCCACAAGCUUUGCAUGAUUUGUUCUACAUGUAAAAAGCAGUCGAAGGAAGCCGGGGCCAAGCUGGAAAACGGCUCUCUGUUUUGUGGCGAAUGCUCAGCUGAGAAGGAGAGAAAAGAUCGAGAGGAGAGGGAAGCCGCACUCGAACGUGAACGCGCUGCUGCCAAGGCGAUUGCAGAUAAGAAAGCAGCUUUUGCGGAAGAAGAAAAGAAUCGACAUGUGCGUGAGGCUCAAAGAAUAGCCAAGGAGGCAGCACAGGCAGUGAUAGAAUCUUCCGCCACUGCUUUUGCAAUGCGAUCUGGAAGCGAUAGCCUUCGAUCUAGUUCGUCAAACCUAGACGAGUUCGACCUCGGGGCCACCCCCAUCGAUAUUUCUGGACAAAAUGGACGGAUCUCCGAAGUAUCGGAUCUCGAGUCUAUUCUCAGCGACGGCGACUACGCAGGAUACAUGGGUUCAGGCCAACGGGAAUCGCUGCGAUUGUCGGAGGUGCUAGACCUCGAGUCAUACAGCGACGAUCGUUUGUCUGAUCUUAGUGGCAUAUCAGAAGGAACCGGAGAGAUUAACAGAGCACAGCAAUCGACAGCUGAAAGAAUUGUUGAUAGGAAUGAACAGACACUCUCAGAAGACGAGGAUGAUCGCGAGCUGUGUGGUGGUUGCGGUCUCAUUUUGGAGGGAGAAGCAGUCGGUGCCUUGAAUCAGUAUUUUCAUUAUGAGUGCUUUACAUGCAGUCAUUGUAGCCGAGUGAUCGCCGAAGAUGAUGGAUAUGCAGAAAAAAGUAAUCAGGCCUUUCAUCAGGGGUGCUACCAGGCCCGAUUCGGCAAAAAGUGCAGCCGAUGCGACAAGGUACUCAAAGGGAAAGUAGUGAAGGCCCUUGACCAACUCUAUCAUCCAGACUGCUUUGUGUGCUAUCAAUGCAGUGCUUCCCUAUCAGAGAGUUUUUUUGAGCACGAAAGCCAGGCUGUGUGCGCCAUGUGUAAACAUGAAGCAAUUGCGCAAGAUGAACCUUAUCUCUCUAAUCAUAUGACUCCAGUGUCCAAAGGCUUGGCCGGGUAUCGGUUUGACGCCCAGGAUAACACUCAACUGACUAUUUAUCCGGGUGACGAAGUCUCUAUUCUUCAAAAGGACGAAGACGGCUGGUGGCUCGUAGAAUUGCAAAACAAACGUGGCUAUGUCCCUGGCUCCUACUUGAUUGAACGUCCAUUUGAAGAGACUAAGCCAACCAAAAAAACGGAGACAAGUGCUUCCACGAGUAAGCUGAAACGCAAGCCGGGCCUUUGUAGCUUAUGCUCGACACAAAAUCCAGCAGAGGCACGCUUUUGCCGGAGUUGUGGCAACAAUUUGAUGGCUUAA